UGAGAGCUGACGUCAUUGACUGACAGGGGGACGGUGCUACUUGACAACAAUAACAAGCCAACGAAGCAAUACACAUGGCGCGAAUAAUAGAAUGAGCACUGUAUCAAAAUAUACUUUUCGCUGAAGUCGAUUUAAAACCGAAUUAUGUUUGGGUGGCAUUAGUAAACGAUAAUCUGGUUCUCCGGAUCAGCAUUAGUUUGAAUCAACAAGACGCUAGCCUUUAGCUUUCUGCUGGAAACACAACAUGGGCAUUUGAGACGGAAGUCGGCCAACGUUAAAAUAUCGCUAGUUAUGGCUUUUUAUGAAGUUUACUCGCAUCCCGCUUUGAUUCGGUACAAAACGGGUGUUUGCACGAGUGCCACUUUGUUUCUCGUUGUGACUUUGUGCCUGACUUACAUCUCGCCGCUGUUGGUGGUUUACCGGAGCCAAGGGUUCUGGAUUAAAAGGAACACGUAUGAAGAACAAGCGGUAGUUAGAUUCCAGUAUGAGACCCUGCUGGUGGCUGCAACAGGCACCAACGGGGAUUAUGUGGCGUGGAGCACCUUUCCCCAUCUGAAUAACAUGCUUGGAAAAAGCCUGCGAAUCCCUGCUGUCUCUGCGCGGGAAGAAGACCAAAACAAUGAUGGAAAGUUGGACCGGCUAAUUUUCCAAAUGCAGUUACCCCUGAAAGAUGAGGAAAAUGUUUACAGUGUACAACUGCUGCUGACUUUCAGCUACCAGCUCUUUACAAAGUCAAGAGUAGUGAUGCAGAGCCUGGCCUAUGUGCAACACUCCUCCUCUGUACCUGGAGCUAAGGUGUUUAUCAGUGGAGACCUAAGGCUGCAACAGAGAGUACCCCUGCUUCACCGUGGACUCUUCAAUAUAUACAAUGUUUCUGUGAUUGACGGCACCAGUCCUUUUGCAAGUGCUUAUGACCUUGACAACAUAGUGAGGCGCUACCGCGAACGAAACUUGACAACUAUACUUACCUGUCCCAUGCCGGUGUGGACUACUGGACGCGCUGCUGGUUCUCCUUUUCAGCUUACUGCAGAAAUUCAGUAUCCUGUGGAGGUUAUCAGCUAUUAUCCCGGCUUCUGGGAAACCAUCAAGUUUGCUUGGAUCCAGUAUGUUAGUGUUCUCCUCAUCUUUCUCUGGAUCUUUCAACGCAUCCAGACAUUUGUUUUCCAGAACCAAGUUUUAACAACCGUACCCAUGUCCACUGGAAAACCUCACCAGGAUUGACAAGGCGUGCUCUAAUUUUUAAUUUUUUUUUUUUUUUUAAAUAAACCCUUUGACUUUCUGUGUUAUUGUAAUUUAAUUUUGUUUAUGUUGGUGGUACUUGAACAGCUAAGGUUGUACUUGGAUUCAAAUGUUUGAUAACCACCUUGCUGGAUUUUCAAUUUUUCUAUUGUAGGGUUUCUCCCUGGUCAAAUAAUUGCUCGUGAAUUAUGUCACUUUACAAGUUUUUUUUAUUCCUGACAUUAUCACUGACAGUAAUUCAUUUUUUAAAAUUAUUACUGUUAGUGAGAGUUGUAGUAGCCAUAUUGUACAUUGUGCAACAAGGGGGAAUGAAAAUUACUCCCCCUACAUUUGAAACCAGAAGUUUACAUACACUCUGCAAAACCCCUUUUUUUCCCUCAAUCUCUGAAGUCAAAUCAGACUUAACCUCUACUUUUUCGUCAGGAUUUAUGAAAUGAUUAAAUUUUGUCACAUGCCAACAAUAAUGACUUUCUUCGAGAAUUUUAUAUUGUUUUCUUUGAGGUCAAAAAGUACUAUGGGGAAGUCCGGAUGAUGAGGUCAUAGCUUUGGAAGCUACUGACAGCAUGUAAGUGAAAUGACUGCACACAUGGGGAUGUAUUUAAGGCCACACCUCGAAGACUCUGCUACCGUGUUUGAAGUUUGAAAUGCUAGGAAAUCAGAGAAUUGUGGAGCUCAUCUUUGGCUGCAAUUUCCAGACGCGUGAAGGUGCCAUGUUGAUCUUUAAAUUAUACCCAUGUAUAAACUAGGGAUGUCCCGUUCUUAAUACUUACUAAAGAAAUUUUUUUAAAACUUCCAAAAUGAAUGUCUGGAUUUUAUUAGCAAAUUUAAAUCACAUUAUUUUAACACAAAAUAUAUUAACAUACAGAAGAAAUACGAACUUGUUAACAUACAGAAGAAAUACGAACUUGUUAAUCAGCAAUUAACUAUCUACAAGGGGAUCCUCCAUUGAGGGGGAAUUUAUUCAGAACGAGGUAAAUGCGACAAAGAGAGCCGCAAAAUCUCAUUGUUUCAGUCACUCUGCUCCAAUAUUUUUACAGGCUAUUCUUUUUAAUCCAAGUAUUUUUCCCUAAUUGCUAAAUAAAUGGUAUGGUUAUGACAAAUAACAGUCUUAGGUUGCAAAAUGGAAUAUGAAAUAAUCAAAAUUCAUUUAUUCAGUACGACACGGCAAAAUUACUCCAUACUGGUCAAAACUGUCGACUUCACCUUUACUGUCGCACCACCCGAACAAUAUUUUAUGCCACCGUAGUUAGUCAGGUUUUUGUCAUUUCCCUGUCCCGGCUUCGGAGAAAGUAAACAAACCAAGGGGCGUCACAGGUAGCCGAAGUCAAGUCAAAGUCUUAUUUACGCUUUUUGAAGCGAAAAAUCUCACAAAACUAGCUUGGACCAUGUCACACGGCAGCGGGGUUGUCAAUCGGCACUGCCGAUCGGCAAACCGCCCGGCAGCGAGCAAGUUACAGCUCGUUGCCCUGCUACGGACAGGAGAGCUUGCUGGGGAAGCAGCUGAAGAGUACUGCCGGAAUAUCCGGCCGACGUCGGAGGAGUGCGUAGCUGCCACAUGGUCACCACGAAUAUGGUGUAAAAUAAUGCUUUACUACACGGCGAAGACAUAAACAGAGAGCGGCUUGCAGUUGUUUUGCAGCUAACAUGGCAGGAUAUGUCUGAGGAGAACAUCUCUACAUGUCAGUCCAUGAUCAAAUGUAAGUAAAUAAUUCUUUAUUUAAAGACGGUUUGUAGUGU